GAACAAUUUAGCACACAGUAAAUAACUUAAAUCUAGUCUAAUGUGCUCAAACCACCUCGUCUUACCAGAGCGUUUCGGAAGGUUGGCAACAAUGCAUCUUAAGGAAACUGUCGGAUUGAAUCUAGCUCCGCAAAGCGGCCUCAUCAUGUCCAAUUGCAAAUAUAAGGUUGCCAGCCCUUGUGGUAGGUAUGCGCUCGUGGAACUCCAAAGGAAUAAUUUUGAGGAUCUAUACACCAUCACACAAGCUUUAUUUCAGCAGACACAAUGGACACCGAGGAGCUGGCGAAAGGUUACACUGCGGUGAAUGACACCCAAUAUAAUGCAGGGUUAUUCCUUCUGGAAAAGCUGGAAAUAGUUCCAGGUCUGCGCGUUCUCGAUGUUGGCUGCGGGCCUGGUAACCUCACCUCUCAUAUCGCCACUUGUGUUGGGGAUCAUGGAAGCGUUGUUGGCAUCGAUCCGAGCCAAGAGCGGAUUGCCAUUGCCCGUGCCCGUGGCAGAACGACUCCGAACCUAUCAUUCCAUGAAGGAAAAGCUGAAGACCUCUCACUAUUUGCCGCGGCCAGUUUUGAUGUUGUUUAUGUAAACUCUACAUUUCAUUGGGUAGAAGAUCAGCCGGCUGCACUCCAGGAAUUCGCGCGGGUGCUCAAGCAAGGGGGCCGACUCGGUAUCUCAGGUGGCUCAGGAGACUUUGUUUCUGCACAAGAAAAGAUCAAAGCAGAGGUGCUUUCGAGGGAGCCCUAUCGGCGUUAUCCAGAGAAGAGCGGCCCGAAAUUUCUUAAGCAGCGAGAGCUUGGGGUUCUUCUGGAUGGUGCAGGGUUAGCCCGAAGACAAAGUGUCACAAAUAAGAUCGUCAAGCUGGCUAGGAACGGAGAAGCGAUGAUUGAGUGGUUGGACACAAGUUCAUCGGGGAAAACCUAUGGUAGCAUCCCGUUGGACUUGCGCCCAAAAGCGCGGGAAGAGAUGAAACAGGAAUGGAACAAAAUUGCCACAAAGGAUGGAAUUCAAAUGGACAUGGAGCUGUUGGUGACUGUGGCUAUCAAGGAGUAAUAGUUGCAUCCACUCCAGCGGGUGUACUAAGGAGUAUAUCAAAUCUUUAUAAUUAUUCAUAUUGAG